AUGCCGUUUCACAAGGUAGAAAAGCCGAUGCAGGCCUUGCCGCAAACGGAUUUCAAGUCUGCUCCUUCAACCCACUGGCAGCCCAGGGGACCCAAGACGCUGUCCCUGAGAGGCUCCCUGGCACCCACCUGGGGGGACAUGUACCUCUCUGUACGGGCACUGACGCCGGAGCUGGGCGAGCACCCCGGGCACCACCACCACCACCACCACCAGCACCCCGGGCACCACCCGCCGCACCACGGCGGCGUCAACAGCCACGACCCGCACUCGGACGAGGACACGCCGACCUCCGACGACCUGGAACAGUUCGCCAAGCAGUUCAAGCAGCGCUUCAAGAACAGGGGAAGGCGGAAGCUUUUGUUGAACAAGUGGCGGGAGGAAGCCGACUCCUCCACGGGCAGCCCCACCAGCAUCGACAAGAUCGCCGCCCAGGGCAGGAAGAGGAAGAAGCGGACCUCCAUCGAGGUGAGUGUCAAGGGGGCCUUGGAGAGCCACUUUCUGAAAUGCCCCAAGCCCUCCGCCCAGGAGAUUACGAACCUAGCGGACAGCCUGCAGCUGGAGAAGGAGGUGGUCAGGGUUUGGUUUUGCAAUCGGAGGCAGAAAGAGAAACGGAUGACCCCCCCGGGGAUCCAGCAGCAGACCCCCGACGAUGUCUACACCCAGGUCGGCACCGUCAACUCCGACACGCCGCCCCCUCACCACGGACUGCAGACCAGCGUGCAGUGA